GAGCCCGCAGAGCAAGUGAACACGCAGAGCUCACGACGAGUUGCUAAGGCAUACCAACUAUAAAUAUGCCAGCGGCCGGUUGGUUUCUCAAUCAUUGCAGUGUGAAACAUCGGAACGAGCGGUUGAACAACAUGAAACGCAUUGUGUUAACUCUGUUGGUGGUAGCGGUGCAUCAAUCCUGCGGCAUCAUAGUGUCCCAGGGGACGGCUGGCCCUGUUAAAAGGUUCGUCCCACUCGGCACGGCCGAGCGCGUCGUUUCGGCCCACACGUUUGACACGAAAAACCCGGAACCGUGGGGCAACAAGCAGUUCAAGGAGAUUACCAUCACCAAAAACGUCCCGGUGCCGUACCCGAUCAAGGUGGAGCGCCAUGUGGCCGUCCCGGUGAAGAUACCGGUCCCGAUCGCCAUCCACAACAAGGUGCCGAUCGUGGUCGAGCGCAAGAUACCGGUGUACGUGGAGAAACCGAUCCCGGUGCAGGUGGACCGGCCCGUGCCGUAUGCGCUGCCGAUCGAGAUUCCCAUCUUCCACAGGGUGGCGGUCGAGGUGCCGAAACCGUACCCGGUGCACAUCCCCAAACCCUACCCGGUGUACAUCAAGAAGCCGAUCUUUGUGAAGCAGAGCAAGACGCAGCAGACGAAGUGGAUGAAGAAAAGUCCCAAACCGUCCCCCGUUGCCACGGUGACGAGUGCGUGAGCGAUGUCGAUGAACCGGUUGCCGGUGACCGGUUCGAACUGUCAUUUCAUCCAUGUUGGAUUGCUAUUGUUAUUUGCUGUAGUUACACAGUGAAAAAGGAAAAAAGAAAAUAAACAAACAUAGAGCGUCA